AUGAGUUCUGACGAAGACGACGUCGUUGUGCCGCUUAUGCGGCAAUUUUUAUUAAAUAGCGAACGUAGCAAAAACAAACUUUGGAUGCACGAAAUAAAUGAAAAACGGUUAGAAAAUAAUCGUGAGUCAAUCUAUUGCUAUGAUCUUUAUCACAAUAAUCAUAAAUAGAUUUUCUGCAAAAUACUGCAUUUAUUAAUUUUUCUGGAUCGCAUGCCAUUGUUUAAUUAAUAUGAUAUAAUUUUUAUAUUAAAAUAACGUGUUCACACGGUGUUCGGUAGUGUGUACUAGUCGUAAAAUGAACAAGUGACUUUGGUUUUCGUAUUUUGCUCGGAGCAAAAAUAGAACCGGAUCGAUCAAGACCGAACAUGUUUUGUUUUGCCUUGUCGUGUGUUGAUGUUGACUGAUUAGUGUGCGCGCGUCAAUUACUUUACACGUGUUCUAAUGAUGUCCAAACAGCUCUGAGCUGAUCCGAGCUGCUCGGAGCAGUUUUGCUCUUUAGGUGUGCGCCCAGCCUAAGUCUGUUCAAAAUUGUUGGUCGAAUACUACCCUCCUAUUGGAAUAAGCAGUAAGUGCCAAAUUUUCAAAUUUAAAAUUAUUUCAUAAUCGGUAUAAUUGCAUAGUUCCACGUUUUUUUAAUUAUGUACAUCAAAAAUAUUGUCUUCAUCAUUAAAUAUAAAAAUAAAAGAAUAAAUAAAAAAAAAUAGUAAAAAAUAUAAGCUAUAUAUAUAUAUUAUUAUAAUAUUAUUUAUAGCUCGGUAAAAGUUUGAACGAUACAGUUUUGACAAAAACGUGAUAUUUUGUUCACGUUGUAUUUAAUCAUUUCUUUUCUUAAAAUUUCUUUUAUUUAUUCAUAUAUUUCACCUUUUAUUUUUUUUAUUUGUCUACUACUCCAAAUUUUUAUGUAUCUUUUUAUACAUUUUUAAGUACAUCAAUAAAUUUGUAGAUAUUUGGAUGAACAGAAUAAAACUUUUUUGAACUAAAUUUUAAAUGGACAUUUUGAAUGGAAAUAAUAUUUUUAGGUAAUUACUUAUUCUUGAGUUUAACUUAUAUUCAUUACUCAAACUUAUAACUUGAAUCUUUUUCCAGCAACUCUGGCCUAAAUGGAAUCAGCAUUAUUUUAAUUCGAUAAAUGGCCAAACAAAUAACACUGCCGAGUGAAUUGAUUUUUUGAAAUCAGCAAAUACCAUUUUCGGUAAAAAAUUAAUAAUAUUUUUUAUACAUUCUGAAUUUAGAUGAAGAAAUUUUUUGUAAGUUUCUACAUUUUUAUCAAUUAACAAAAAACAAAACUAAUUUUAUGUAAUUUCCAUUUGAUAAACCGUGAACUGUGAACAAUUUUGUAAAUAACUUAGGACAACUUUUAAAAGUUUCAUCGACAAAUAUUGUGUCAACUUGACUUAAGAACUUCAAAUUAGUUACUGUUGAAAAAUCUAAUAUAUUAUUUUCAUAAUUGUUAACUAAUAGAAACUUUUCAUCUUGGUUACUUUUGAUGUUUUCUUUCAAUGAAUUAUGUAAACCUAAUAUAUUAUAUGACAGCUUGGGAAUUACAGAUGCUCGGGGGUGGUACAUAUUUUUGCGAAUUAAAGUUAAAUCAUAACUGAUCAAUGUCGAACCGUCAUUUGAUAAUUCUCUAUGAAUGAGUUUUGAGGGUUUCCAUAGAGAUCGUCUAUUACUUUUCGUUUUAAAUUAUUGCUUAAUUUUUGUCGGUUUAAUAUUUCUAUAGAAACUCUUUCAUGAUUAUGUUCAAUAGGACGUUCUAACAUUUCAUUUUUAUCGAUUAAUUUAGCAUAUGACCUGCAUGUUUUUUUUGCAGUACUUCCAACGUUGUAUAUCAUUUUUCAAUAAUUUAUGAAAACAUAAUUUAAAAUCGUUUACAAAAAUCAAUGUUUAUUUUUUUCACUAUUCAUAAUCUCACUCUCAAUUAAACUCAUAUUUUUACAAAGAAAUAGAACAGCGCACAAUUGUCAACGAGACGAUAUCGAAAAACAUACUAAUCGAUUAUAUUUAUUUCAUAAAUACUCAUAUAGUCAUAUCGAUUAUUGAUUGAGAUUGUUAAAGGUUUAUCAGAUAAUCCGGACGAAAAUAGUAUACUCGUAUAGAAAACCCGGGAUACAAUUAGCAUAUCACAAUUCGUAAUUUUUAUAUCGGGGACGCAAUUCGUAUGCAGCCUCUUUUUCAGUGACUUAGGAUUAAAAAUAAAAAUGUAUUUUUUUUACGUAUAUGUGGUCCCCUCGCAUAAAACCCGAUAGAAAAAAAAAAUGAGUAUUGGCAGAGUUAUUAAUACAAGGACAACACUGUAGGACACCUCGUAUAGUAUAACUAUUAAACUUUUGAUCACAGGGAAGCUCGGAUUAAGACAUUAAACAUUGAGGGUCCUAAGGACAAACUUUUCAACGAGACUUGUUGCAAGACUAAUUACGCAUUUUUAAAAAUUGUUACUAGAUAUGUUUUAACAGAAGAAAAAUAA